CUAUGACGGGCCGACCCUCUCUGGCUAUAAAGCAGCAGAACCAUUAACCCCCUCGCUGGAGUUAUACAACAUCACCAAACUCUAGAGGAAAGCGCAGUUUGUCUGAACCCUAAAAGGGGGCCGGGUUCGGAACGCGUUCCGGACGAUUGACCAACAGCCCGACACGCAAGACCUGCAGCCGAGGCUCCAGAGAACCGCUGGAUUCUGCGGUCUCCAGCACACGGCAGCCCCGACCGGGCACGACAGAAAACUCAUCUCGUGUUGAUGCUAUUGAAGAAACGAAGGAGGACGUCAUCUGUACUAGGCCUAUGUACCAUCAUCCCUCAUAGAAGCGGUGCUGACCAGAUGGCCCCCAGGACGCUCGAGCCCCUGGCCAAGCGGCUCUUCAAAGGCCUCAUCGCCCUCGAGCUGCUAGGUGUGUUCGGCGCGUACGGCCUCUUCCACAAGAUGAACACGAGUCAAGACUUCAGGAACACCAUGAACCGACGGCUCCCGUCUGUACUGGAAGUAUACUACCAGUCCAACGAAUGGGCGGGGGUCUACGGCAUCCGGGAGCAGGACCACCAGACCUGGUCCUCUAAGUCCGACUGACCCCCCCAGCACCAGAACCAGAACCAGGCGGUCUUCUUCUUCCUCAGGGUCUGGGCGUCGCGGCCUUGGACCCAGUCGUCUCGCUGGGACUCCCACUUCAGCUGCUUCAGCCCUGGGGGGGGAGAGAGGGGUGAGGGGGGGAGAGAGGGGUGAGGCUGCGUUCUGAUACCAGAGUCCCGCUCCAUGGCUUCGGGAACAAACCCGUCUGCAUCGUCAACCCGGUCCGCAAAGAUCUCUCAAAGUCGGACAUCAGGAGAACGUAAAUCCCGACGAAUGAUAUGAACUCUACAGAUUUCUUCUACGGACUUGAGGUUGAGGUUGCUGACGUUGUUCAUAACCCCCUCAUGAAGCAGCACUCUGAUAUUACCAUAGCCAUAACCAUGAUUGGUCCCUUCAAAGGGAAGGACGUCUCUAAGCGCUGUGACGGGGCCAGGACCUCUGGGACUUAUAGCUUCAUCCGGCUAGCAUCUAGCUACUAUAAUAAAGUUAUAAUUUAACCAGCAACGAUGGUUUGUGUUUCAUCUCUCUGCGUUUCCGGUUUCUCCUUAAUAUGCACGUGGAAUAUUUUACACUGUAAAAAUUGUAUUCUGAAUGUUCUCCCCUCAAAGGUCAGCUUUUGUAAUUCUUCCAGAACCCUCGGGCUCGCGUGCGCUGGUUCAAACCGGACCCUACCUGCUUUGUCUUUGUUGGCCAUGGCGUUCAUCCCGAUGUUGUCGAACUUGGAGCCGGCGUUCUCGUCCAGCAUCGAUCCGAACUGAACACAAAAACAAAAGUUAGCGUGGCCAGCGGUAAGCGGGUCGCACUUCCCAGCAGCCUCUAGGUUCGGUCCUCAAAGGU